AAAAAAAAUGUCUGUCACUCCUCCUGGUACUGUGCAUAUAGGACCAUUCCUGGUCUUGGAAAUAUGUGAGGUCAGCAACCAGACCCUCUGCUUCAGGACCCUUAUGUAGCAAAACCAGGUAUGCCCCACCCUCAUUAACUUUCCCCACUUCCAGCUGGCAUUGUGUUAUAGGAGGAUUAAUGCCUUAACAACAACAUUCUGCCUAGCUAGGAUCACCCCCUGAUCUAGAAAGGCCAGCAAUAAGAAGCAGACCUGUGUUCUGACAGAUAUGACAAUGCAUCUGGGCACUGGCAGACUUGAGGAUGCAGGAAGACACAGAUUUAAAGCACUGUCCCUACUGUUCCUGUGCCAAUGCCUGGCCUCAUCUCAGCCUCCCAUUGCACCUUAAAUCCAUCCCAACCCCUCAUGGCAGGGCUAUCCCAGUCACCAGCUCAUCUCCUGGCUGCAUGGAUACUGGGAAACCAAGCACGGGGGUUUAUAGUUCAGUGGAAAGUUCUACUGCCAUCUUAAAUCAUAAAGCACAGCUGCUGACACAGCAGAAGCUGCAAAACGAAUGGAGCAUUUGAGCAAUCUGAGGGUUGGAGGCCGCCGGGAGGAGAAUAAGCACGGUGUCUCUCAGCUCUGCUGGAGGGAGAGGGAAAAGAUAAGUGAAAAGAGGAGAUUAAAACUCAUCAGAAUGCCAUUGUAAUGCUCUGUGCGGCACAAAUAUGUCCUGGCACUUCAAAGUUAGCCUGCAAUUGAGAGAAAAUGGCAGCUGAGAUUCAAUGUCUGCAAAUAUAAAGCGUGGCAAAAAAAAAAAAAAAACAGCAAAUAUGUAUACAGACACAUGCAAUAAUGAGCUCUAGAGGAGCUCUGGGUUGGGAGAAGGACCCAGGGCAUCACUGUGGAUAGGGCUGCACCACCCCAGUGGCAGGUGGGCAAAGGGCACAGGGAAGAAAGCAGGAUUUGUCCAAACCCAGCAGUGCUGCACGUGGAACAGCUGACCUGGCUUCACGUCUCCAAGUUCACAUCCUGCAGGACCAGCAGUGGGGACCUCCUGCAGCUGCAAAGUCCACCAGAGGCUGGGAAACCCCUCCUGCACAGCCUCCAGAUCUGCACUGAACACAAAAUGCCCACAGAAGAGUUAAUGCACACUCCUCGGCCGGGCAGCCUGCAAUCUUCUUCUCCACCCAAUGGGACUCAAAUAACCUAAUUCUUGUUCUACAUUUGUAUGGGCUCUCCUUCCCCCGGAUCACCCCUGGAGAAAUGACAGCUACGUGGUAAAUACAUGUAAUCAUGCCACUCUGAUAGCUUCUCUUGUUCUCUGGCCAUUAAUUCAUCUCCCUGGGACUUAGGUGAGCAUUUUGCAUCCCGCAGCAAAUUCAAAGAGCUGCUUUUAUUUUAAAAUCAACACGACAAGAAACCUUUCUCCUUUCCCUCUUCAAAAUGUAAAUUUUUAGUUUCAAAAAUAUCCUGGCACACAGACAGCUGUUGCUGGCCAUGACCUUAUCUCAGGCCAAUGACAGAUUUCCCGUGCAUGAGAAAUCACAGGGCUUUAACAACCUUCUGAAUGCCCUAGUGCCAAAACCAGAGCUUGGUGCUGAUGGGGCCAAUAGCGGGGACAUGAGGACAUGGCAAAGUGCUGGGUGUGAUACGGGUCAAGGUACGGUGGGACUCGGUGACCCUGAAGCUCUUCUCCAGCCUGGGUGAUUCCAUGAGCAGUGCCCACCACAACAAAACCUUCACUUUAUGAUGAAACAACGACCAGAAAUCUCUCUGCUCCACCCUCAGAGUAUUCUUUGUUUGGGAAAAUAAAUGAGGAGCAUAGAAAAAUGUCCUGCAAGAAGAACUGCCUUUGCCUUGAUGUUCACCAUUUCUAGGAUUGCAGAACUUCCUCCGAAUGCUUUCAUUUCUGGACAAACACUGUAGCCACAUCACGGUGAUGGCAGAGCAAUGCUGUUGGCUGGAAUGUCCAAGUCACUGUUAAAAGAAAGAAAACUUCAACACAACCGCGGACAAAACGCAUCGGUUCUGCUCCCAGUUCCCGUGGAUUUGUUCCAAUGGGGGCUUGCAGCACUCUGGCUCAUAACCGUGAUGUAACUCAGCUGCAGCAGCGCUGCUUUCUUUUGUCAGUGGCUUCUGCCUGGAUUUGUCCCUAGUGAUGCUGUACCACCACCUUCCUGGCGCUGGAAAGGAUCCAUGCAAAGAGGAUGUGCAGUUUGGGAGCAGCGAGGAAAGCACUGGGAUGGGAGGCAGCAGCACAGUGUCAUGUUGGUGGGUAGACAUUGGUGCAAGACGGACAGCAGGAUGAAGCGGACAGACAGCCCAGGAGGGCGAAGGGCUGUAACGACAGCGGCUGCCCAUGGGAGAGGGAUGGCAGGGAGGAAAGGGUGCCGCGGGCAGGGCCGGAGCCAGGCGAGCAGCGCUAAAGGCCAGCAGGCAGGUGGCGAAGCAGCGACCAGAAAGUCACCGCAGCCAUAAAUCUCGGGGAGCAGAGACGGGCAAGCCCCAGGUGGCUUGGCAAGGCUGCUGGCGAGCCCAGCGGUGCCCAGGCGGUCCGGCCAGCAGCCGCACAGUGGGACAGAGGCCAGAGAUAAAAUUAGAAAAGCGUUUCCCUGCCAGCCGCGGAGCCGCUAACCCUGCAGCGCUGCCCUGUUUUUGGGCUGGGGGUGUCGCUGGAAAAGCAGGAUUUUUUGCUCGAUGCUGCUCCCGCUCAGUGCCUCUGCAGCGGGGGUGGUGGGACGAUGAUUUGCUCUUUCGGGACAGCCCGUUUGGCAGCAGGCAGCUCCCCCUGCUCGCUCUGCUCUGUGCACCAGGCGUGGUGGAGAGGCAGAUCCCCCCACCCCGAAGCGGCUGCCGGUGCACUCUGAUUCCAGCGGCUCUUCCCAACCGCGCCGGGCUGCAGCUCCUCUCUCCGCAGCGCAGGUUAUUAUUAUUUCUGUCCCUAAGCAUCCUUUAAGUUUCCACUUGGGGACAGAAUCAGAAGGGAAAGCCUUUUAAGGAUUUCUGCCCGCUGGGGAAAGCGAAUCCCCCCCAAGCCAAGAGAGCUUGCGAGGGGGAUUUGAGUGCAGGCAAGUGCUCAAAGCCGAAAGGGCAGAGCGAGGGGAGGGGGAGCCCAGGGCACGCUCUGAAACCAGAGCCCCCGGCCGAAGCGCGGCUCCUUCCCCCGGGCAGGUCGUUCUCUGCCUCCUGGCCGCGCUCGGCUUUGGCAGAGCACGGAUGGUGACCGAGCGGGGCAGCUCGGCGAGGCGGCAGCUCAGCGGUGGCCCUGCCGCGAUGGGGACCGUGGAGCUGAAGGACGGUGCCAACGCCGUGGCGAUCAACCUGCUGCUCAUCGUCCGCCCCGAGCGGAAAGGGCAGAGGGACGGACUGACGGACGGCGCAGGUCUGAAGGAUGAUGGAAAUGGAAACAGCAGACCGCAGCCACCUCCGAAGAGAGACCUCAGCGGCCAACAAGCCCCCAAGGAGCCCCACAAGCAGAAGCAAACUGUUACUUCCUACACUAAUGAAGGAACCCAUGUGACAGUGGAGAUCCAUCCCAAGGGCACCUCCCCUCAGUUCUUCAAGAAGCUCUCCUUUGGGAAAGGUCCCCGGAGAUUGCCCAGCCUGAGAGGCCAGGACAACAAAGCUUUUGAAAGGACCGAAGCCCCAAGGCCACCUAGUGCGAAAGACCUGCAUGUGUAUCCAUGGGACAAAUCCUCUUUGAAAUCCCUGGCAGUGGAUCUACAGAAAUUUGAGAAGCUGGAUGCCUAUGCAUUAAAAGUGAACACCAAGAGCAGCGUAGAGGAGCUCGUCCAAACCCUGCUUAAACAAGCCCGGACCGACUUGGAGAAAGUCCGUGUCAUAUGGAUGUGGAUAUGCCACCACAUAGAGUACGACGUAGUGGGCUUCCAUAACAAAAGCCUGCGGCUGUGCGAACCCACGGACGUGCUGCGGACGGGGAAGAGCGUCUGUGAGGGAUACGCUGGGCUCUUCCAGCAAAUGUGCAGAGUUGCAGGGAUCCAGUGCAUGAAGCUGUCAGGGUACUCCAAGGGCUACGGGUACAAGAUUGGGCAGACCUUCCAGGGGAACUCUGACCACGCCUGGAACGCCGUCUUCCUCGAUGGGAGGUGGCACCUCCUGGACAGCACCUGGGGAAGCGGCACUGUGGACGAUACCUCAACCAAGUUCACUUUCAGAUACAACGAGUUUUACUUUCUGACUCACCCGGCUCUCUUCGUGAACAAUCACUUCCCAGAUAACAGCAACUGGCAGCUCCUCAAGCCAACACUGACUCUGAAGCAGUUUGAGAGCAACCUGCAGCACAACAGUGACUUCUACAAGCUGGGGCUGCUGGAUGCACACCCACAGACAGCCCUCAUCCGGACAGAAAAUGGAACAGCCACCAUAUCAGUGGAGUGCCGCCCUUCCACAUUAUUCACCUUUAAGCUGGAGGGAACAGACGAACACGGCUUGUUGACCUUGCGGAAGCAGGGAAUGAAACUGGAGAUCUACCCCCAGAAGACGGGACGCCAGGAGCUGCAGAUCUUUGCCAGACCCUCCAAAUCCACAGAAGACGUCUACACCUGCGUGCUGGAGUACAUCGUGGAGUGCAAGUCUGUGGACAAGAGCAGGCGCUUCCCAAAGGACCUGCACCAGCCCGUGGGACCCAGCUGGUUCACAGAGAAACAGGGCUUCCUGCGGCCCUCGCACCCCGACCCCAUCAUUCACACCAACGACGGGCGCUGCUCCCUCACCUUCACCAUGGGGAAGGACAUCAGCAUCCUGGCCUCGCUGCACGCCGACAGCAGCAGCCUGAGCGAGGAGAUGAGCAGGCAGCACAUCAUGCAAAUCCACCGCGGCAACCAAGUGGAGUUUAAGGUCCAUCUGCCUCACGCGGGGAGCUUUGUUCUGAAGUUCUUCACCAAGAAGAAGUCGGAUCCCGGCAGUUACACCUUCGUCUUCAACUACCUCAUCACCUGCCUGAACACCGAGGUGAAGUGGCCCGCCUUCCCACUGAGGUACAGCAAGUGGGCAGAGGGCUACGAACUGCUGGAGCCGCUCUCCAGGCUGUUGCCGGCCAACCGCAACGUGCAGUUCAAGCUCAAAAUGCAGGGCAUAUCCAAGGUGCUGGUGCAGGCGGGGGACACCUACACACUGACCCUGAGCAGGGACGGCUUCUGGGAGGGAACCUGCAACACCACAGGGUGCACAGAGCUCUUUGUCAUGGUGCACGAGAACGCCAACCACGGCUACUACUCACAUAUCCUCAAGUACGACGUUGAGACGCAGUAAUGCUUCCUCUUCGUUCCCCGACUCUCCUGCACCACCCAACACACCCCAAACCAAUACAGCUUUAGGAGAUCGUUUGUUCUCCCAAGCAAAGUUGUUCCUUUGGCGUCCCCCUGCAAGACCAAGGGCUCAGAGGAGUACAGAGACUGAAAAUCCCAUUACAAAGGGAUCAACCCCCCACCCAAGUUUCAGUAGCACUGCCCAGGCAACGCUUUGGAGAAACCAACGGCCAUCUGGUCUUGGGCCUUCAGCAGCAAUGGCUGCUUUCUAAACUACGGACCAUAAGAGAAGUCUUAUUACGACUACUUAGAGUAGCACCCUCUGGUUCUGAGCAGCACUAUAGGACACGGGGAACUUCAGGUUAUUUAAACCAGGUUUCUUUAGACAUCCCAGGAGAGAGAAGUGUUGGGAAGGAGAUAUAAAGCGACGUUUUCUUGUGCACUUCAUUGUCUUACGCAUUUUAGUGAUACUACGAAAUGACUUCUUACACCGAAUCUUAAACUCAAUAAAAAAAUAAUUUUUACCUUUUUAUAUUAGAGUAUUUGAAUUGUAAGCACUUUUUUUUUCCCGUAAUAUUAGCACUAUAAUCUCAAGCAUAGAGGUGUUUGCACAAUUAAAAAUACAGCUAAAUGGAGAAUAAAGCUCUUGAUAAUCUUUCCUUCCUCCAAUUUGUCUGUGCAGAACUGGAACUGCUGAGCUCACAGGGCAGUGUGAGGCUGAGUGAUGGUAUCACCACGUACAGCACAUCCCAUAACCUCCCCUUGGAGAACCAUAGUGCAUACGGCUGUCUGAUACUGGAGCUCACCAACACACCCUGUAAGAUCAAUAUCUUCAUACAUCUCUGAUGUUAGCGUGACCUGAUGGACAUUGUGUUUGCUCUUGGAUUUACAAUAAAUCUCUUUUG